CCCGAACUGCAUAUCAACUGAUGCUUCACAAUAAAAAGCUCAUUGGAACCUCACAGUAGGCUCAGCUCUUUAGGAGAUCGGACAUGGUGAAAGAUUCGAACAGGAUCAACAAGCUACAGAUCAAGAAAGAGAAGACGAAGAUCAUUCAGAGCAAAUGUCAAUCGAAAUCGACUGGCUCUCACUCACACCAUCGAUAGCCGAGAAGCUGACAGAACGGCUCAACGGACUUCUAGCGAAUCUGAGCACGCCGGACUUCCUAGGCCCGCUCAGAAUCCAAUCGAUCGACUUUGGAGAUAUUGCGCCCGAGGUCGAGAUCGUUGACAUCCGGGACGUCAGCCGAGGCUUCCGGAUUGCCGAUGGGGAGAGUCAUCCAUCGAGCUCGCCGGAGUGUUCCUCUGCGCCGACGAUCAAGCCGGACGAGGACGGCCACUCCCAACCAUCGUUGCAGAUCCAUCUCCGACUGACUUAUGACGGCAACCUCCGUCUCCGAUUCUCCACCGCCCUUGUUCUCAACCAUCCCGCGGCCGAGUUCAUGAGUCUACCGCUCAGGGCAACCGUCGUCGGGGUCGGCUUCGAUGCCGAGAUCAUCCUGGCCAUCGAGGGUGACCGCUCCAAGUUCCAUCUCAGCCUCCUCGAACCGCCUCACUCUGAACUCCCGCUCUACGAGGAUAGCGUCGAGAAUGGCGGCAAACGUAAUAGCUCGAUCGGCGCGCGUAUCCUCCCUCAUCUCUUCGUCGAGACUGAGGUCGGUAAUGCCGAUCGUCACGUGCUCAGAAACGUCGGUAAGGUCGAAAGGUUCUUGACUGAAACUAUUCGAUCCUUGAUCUGCGAAGAAUUCCUCUAUCCUACAUUUCAAACGUUCGAAUGGGAUUAAAUGAGUACAUAAAUUUAUCUACAGAAUUCCCUCCCCUGCUCUAUCAAAUAGACAUUGACCGUAUCAGGAAAAAAAAAAGACUAGGAUGAUUAUUAAGGAAGCCUAAAAAGUAUUGACAUGUAUAAUGAGGAAGAAACUCGUCCCCUAACACAGACUCUUUGUGUGAAUUGGACUUCAUGAGAGAGAUACGAAAAAAAAGAGAAAAUAGUUUAUGU